AUGACGCGCGUGGGUGACCAGACCAACAGUUCUGAUCCGGCAGCGGUCAACUCACGCAUCUUCGUCGGCAACCUAAACACACACGUAGUGUCCAAAGAGGGCGUGAGGCGUCUCUUCAAGCGCUACGGCCGCAUCAUCGGCCUCUCUAAGCACAAGGGCUACGCCUUCGUUCAGUACACUGACGCAUACGACGCAUGCAACGCGGUGCUCGGAGAAGACGGACGCACCAUAGCUGGCAAAAUUCUGGACGUUAACAUGGUUUCUGAGCCCAAGCCUCACCAAGUUAACCACAAACGGCAGAAUCUCGCUCCAGACCCAUUCGCCACCCUCUGGCAGCUGGACUCGCCUGUGAAAUGCGCCCGCACCGAGCCGCUCGCAUUCCGGCCAGCCAGCGCCAUCAGCAGCGGCAACAAGGUCGUCGCCAAGAAGAAACUGCGCACGUACGCCGAGCCGGACAUCCUCAUCUGCGGCAACUGUCGGGAGGUGUUUCCGAGCCUGCAGAAGCUGCUCGACCACAAGCGCCACCGCUGCCGACUGCGCUUCACCUGCCGCUGCCACGUGGUCCGGCUCUUUCCGGCCGAGUCGUCGCCCGUCAUUCAGUUGCCCGUCUGCGUUCAGUGCCUGGCGCGCUGCGGAAGUUGGUGGGAGCUGACCUGCCACUUUGAGGCCACUCAUGGGAUGUACGUCUACCACCAUCCACUGGAGGCAGCCACAAAUUCGGACGAGCACGACCAGAAGAGCUUGCAGUCGGACCAGGCAAUGGCGUCUCCGAACGAUGAUGGCGGCUGCGAGGAAGCGGCGAGCGUGGCUUCGGACUACCAAAGCGACGACUGGGCCUCCAUCGUCGUCGAGUGUGCCAACCACGGCUCCAACGGCGCCCAUUCAAGCAGCGACGAGGCUAUGGAUGGGAGAUAUUUAAAACCAGCAGUAAUGACGUGA